GCUAGAUUAUAAACAUUCGGAUAUUACCAUUUCGAACUUAAUUUCGAGUUUUGUAAAUUGGCUAGCCGUGUUGGAAUACAAAUACGUGAAAAUGUGGAUCAUUAUCAGUAUUAUAUAUUUCAUCUCCAUACUUGUUUUGCCAACUGAAGCUGUAAAAGAGUCUAGUGAAUUUCACGAAGAGCUAUUUGUACGGCCUAUGACAAAUGGGCAUGUCAACACUUUUUUUCAGUUUACUACUCGCUGGCACUACGGGGAUAGAGAUAAUUUACGCAACACGCAGCUUAUUCCCCGCCCGAUAGCAGAAACACUACUGCAGUACGAUGUUAAAGAAUUGCAUAUCAGUUUGACACAAGGCCUUUGGAGAUAUGAGACUUUUGGUUAUCCUGUGGUGGACGCUGCACCGGGCGCAGAAGUUUGGGCCUGGUUCGAGAGAGAAAAUUUGACUUCAAAUGAUGUGGAUGAUCAGUGGACAAAGCUGGCCAGCACAUUUUCGGGCAUUCUGUGUGCUUCACUUAAUUUUAUUGACCAAACCAAUAGUGUAGAGCCUAAGUAUAAUUUUCGACCACAAUUUGUCACGGGCAGUAAGGAAAAUAUACCGCAAUUUAUACGUUAUGCCAGUUUGCCGCGUGAAAACGUUUGUACGGAGAAUUUAACACCAUGGAAAAAACUGCUGCCCUGUAAUAGCAAACAAGGAUUCGCUUCUUUACUGAACUCCGGCUACGUACACAAUACAAAUUAUCACUCUUUGGGCAUAAAAAUGCGUACGAUAUGUGAAUCAUAUGAUAAAAAUUGCAUUUUGGAGUUCACUGAAACUGCAAAUUUGGUUUACGAUCCAAAGUUAUUAGGCACAAAUGGCGAUUUUUCGUUACGUCGCCUCUUUGGCCAGGGAUUAAAUGGCCACUGUUCAUUGGCAAAAAGUAGUAAAAUCUAUAUUAAUUUGGAUGAUCAACCUUAUGAUUUAACACCGACACCAAUGUACAAUAUAACUUCGAGUCGUGGUGGUACUACCACCGCCUUGGGUGUUUAUGAUAUUAAACGUUUAGAUGCAGAUAAAUUAUUUAAUAUCGCUUGGAUACAUCGCAAAGCAAGCAAACCAACGGUAUUAUUAACGCCACCACCGCCUAUUUAUGCACAUCGUUAUGUGCUAGGACAUGGUCAGGAAAGAGGCCAAAUCGUGACGCAAAUUACAAAUAAACAUUAUUCCUCACUGCCAAUUGUGUUGCAAGAAAACAUUCCAUGGUUUGUUCCAUCCUAUAUGCACACUCUGAAGCUUAUUGUACAGCCAGAAAACGGGCAAGAAUACAGAAUAAAACCACGAGCCAUGCACUAUAUACCAGGCGUACAGCGAAUACGGCCCUAUCAUUUGGAACUGGUCUUCGAGAUACCCGCACUAAGCACGGUGCAAGUAUCUUUUGAUUUUGAUUAUAUUUUUUUGAAAUGGCUCGAAUACCCGCCUGAUGCAAAUCAUGGUCACUACCUAGGAUCCGCAAUAAUCGCCACUCAGCUACCAGUAGGUCGCAAUUUCACUGCUAUUCCCGUAGAUAAACAUCUUUUUGCUGAUUCAUUCAAUGCAUCACGCCCGUCAUAUUUCUUAGAAAUUCGCACUGAAUCGCUUAUAUUAUCGCUGCCAACUCCUGACUUCAGUAUGCCAUACAACGUCAUUUGUCUGGCUUGUACGGUGGUUGCUUUAGCAUUUGGUCCAAUUCAUAGCGUGGCUACCAAACGUAUCGUUGUAGAGCACAAAGACGCGCCUCCACAGUCACUGAUCGGCAAAGUAAUGCGAAAGUUGUUCAAGUGGAAGCGAAAUGAAGCGGACAACAACACUACACAGCCACAAUCACAGGAUGAGAUGUUAUUUCAGCACGCAGAUGCGCAAAUUAUACACCAAAAAUUUGAAUAACUCGAAGAAGAUUUUUAUGUCUAUAAAAGAAUAAAUUUGUAUGCAUAAAUAUUCCAAAA